GUUUUUUGCUACAUAGUGAACCAGAGGACAUCAUUGAGAAAAAGUGCUUGUUUACGGAGGUACAAACCAGGAGAAAGACAGGAUGAGCACUGCUGGAAAAGUUAUUAAGUGCAAAGCCGCUGUGCUGUGGGAAAUGAAUAAGCCCUUCUCUGUUGAAGAGAUAGAAGUUGGCCCACCAAAGGCUAAAGAAGUUCACAUUAAGAUGGUGGCCACAGGAAUCUGUCGCUCAGAUGACCAUGUGAUUAGUGGACACUUAAUGACUGCUCUUCCUGUGAUCCUGGGCCACGAGGCAGCUGGCAUUGUGGAAAGCAUUGGAGAAGGGGUGACUUCAGUAAAACCAGGUGAUAAAGUCAUCCCGCUGUGUGCUCCCCAGUGUGGAAAAUGCAAAAGUUGUAAACACCCAGAAAGCAACUUCUGCGUGAAAAAUGAUCUAUCAUCAGGGCUUCAGGGCAAACUGCAGGAUGGCACCACCAGGUUCACCUGCAGAGGAAAGCCCAUCCAUCACUACCUGGGCACCAGCACCUUCUCUCAGUACACAGUGGUGGAUGAGAUCUCCGUGGCCAAAAUCGAUGCAGCCUCACCCCUGGAGAAAGUCUGUCUCAUCGGCUGUGGAUUUUCUACCGGUUAUGGCUCUGCUGUCAAAGUUGCCAAGGUCACCCAGGGCUCCACCUGUGCUGUGUUUGGCCUGGGUGGAGUGGGCCUCUCUGUUAUCAUUGGCUGCAAAGCAGCAGGAGCAGCCAGGAUCAUUGCAGUGGACAUCAACAAAGACAGAUUUGCAAAGGCCAGAGAGGUGGGUGCCACUGAGUGUGUCAACCCUCAAGACUAUGACAAACCUAUUGAGGAGGUGCUCCAGGAAAUGAGCAAUGGAGGUGUGGAUUUCUCCUUUGAAGUCGUUGGUCGGCUUGACACCAUGGUAUGUGCCAAAAUUUGCUUUGCUAUCUCAUCUUCUGCAAUCUAG